ACUGUCGCUCAUUGUCACGAAAGAGUGGGGACAGGGCUGUAGUGUGGGUUUACAUAUCUGUCCUUGUCGAAAAGCUACGUCAUGUGUAGAAAUUAUGUAAUAUACGCAGGAGCAGACGAUAACUUAAGCUCGUGAUGAAUGUGAAGCGUGAUUGGUUGUGGUGUGUCAUGUGGCAUUGACUGGCCAAUGGAACGCAUGAUGCCACGAAAAGAUCUAGAGUUCUAGACGAUUCGUGUGAGGAAGCGUCCGAACCUUGUUCGUACUUCUCUCGUCGUUUCUUGGGAGAUGUGGGCAGGAGACAAUGAUAUGUGCGUCCUGGGGGAACUCGCACCGAGGCGGGGACACAGGCUCAGGUAACGGCAUCCCCCGUGUCCUGCUUGAAGCUGCUCCAUACGAUCUGUGUGCUGAGUGUUCGACUGCAGGUCCUGUCGGCUCACAGGCUGGCCAACGAAAGUGAACUUCAUUCAAAGAGCAGGAAUUAAAGUCCCACGAACGACAGACACGUUAACUGAGGUUGUCAUAACAACAACAAGCACCAGGAUUGUCAGUCAUUGCGGGAAAACCCGAUUCUAAAGAAUGGCAUCAAACAACCAAAGACAGAACACGGUCGCCAUUUUGAAGACUCAUUUAACUUGUUCUGGAGACACUAAAGUCCCUGGUUGAUGAAGACACAGGCUUUUGAUUCUUCAAGGGUCAGUGUUGUGUGAUGGAAGCAAAGCUACAAACAAAAUAAGAACAGUGGGUAGACGAAAGCACCAAGUGUACGGACACCACCAGGACACAAAUGUCAAAGGGGUCGUAGCUCCUCAGUUUGUAGAACCUCGUCCAUUAUCAGUCCAUAGCCAUGUCCGAUGAUCUUCAGACAGCAGGGACCAGUGGUCAGUCGCCAGACAGUAGUGGUCAGCCGGCGUCUUCUUCACAGCAGGGAGUCAUUUGCACAGAAUCUGAGGAUUUAUGGAUCACAUGGGCUGAUGGUCUUAUUUUUGAUGAUAAAAAAAUCGCUUACUUCAUUCCACCUUUCUGCGAGAACUGGACCAUAGAAACAGAAGGAAAGGCUGAGAAACCCACUCAUCCUGCUUUGACUCCUGCUACAACUGUGAAAAUACAACGGACCAUCCAGCAGGAAGGUGACUUAAGAGAUGACCCAGUCGUCUUCAGGGUGAUGGCUGGCUUCAGUCAGUUGUCCAUCAGGGAGACGUUUGUUGCACUGCGCCAGUUAAAGUUCGGAGACUACGUGGGUGAACCUUGCUACACAGCAGCAGCAGCAGCAGCACGGCGACACUUACCUGAAGACUUGCGAGCUCGUCACAAAAAGAACUGGAAAGAGGGAGACUUUGAUAUCUUACUUAUUCACCGACACUACGGUCUUAUUUUCUGUGAAGUGAAAGCGGUUAGCGACAAUGUGAAAGAUCUGAAUACGUCACAGCAAGAUGUUAAUGAUAAUAUUAGAAAGAAACUUCGAGAAGCUGUGGGUGAGCUGGACAAGGCGCAAGUCAUGUUGUCUCACCUCGUGCACGAUGUGGCCCCCGGUCUGCGCGUGUGUAAGACGAUGGCUCUCCCGAACCUCACAGCUCGUCAGGUGCAACAGGCCAUCGAGGGCGACCCCAAGCUGUCACAGGAUUUGUGUCGGUGUCUGGAAGCAGCAGAUCCUGCUGAUAUCACUGGACUUUGUCUGUGCUCUGACCAGUUACCUGACAUAACUGAUUGGAUAUUGAAAAGCAUCGACACAAAACUAUGUCAGUGGUGGCAGAAGCGAGUUGCUGUGUCUGAUCCAGAUCCUCAGAUGACCUUUGACCUGUAUAAAAUACUUGUGGCAAGGUUUUGUGGUCCGACAAUAGAAGUGACAGUGUCCUGCGUGGAUCCCCCUCACAAGAUCUCGGAUGUGAAGAAGAGUUUUACACGAAUAGCUCUGUUACCGGAGGAGAUGAUUUUGCUGAACCAAGGUCUUCCCAGAGUCCUCCUGACGGGAGAUGACAUCACGCGCCAAUCCAUGCUGCUGCAUGUAACGGCGACAGAAUGGUUGCGGAGGGAGAACGUCGUUUACGUCGUUAGUACGUCGCAUGAAAGCCACCAGGCAUGCAGCACGCUGUACAUACAGCUGCAGCAAACUACCCGCACGCAGCAAGGUUCUGGGACAGGUCGCCAACUCCAUCUUCUGAAAUAUAACUUUUAUGAAGACAGUGAUGUGCAGAAGGCAGUGAACUACUUGUCCCAAACAGCCAACAAGAAACCCCUCUACGUCGUUGCCUUCAGCGGGGGAUCCUUUGAUGGGUCAAACAAUUUUAACACUUUCUGUGAGAUGCUGCUUAAACAAGUUCCUGACUUACAUCUGUGGGCAGCAAACUUCUUUCUCAGAGUUUCACUCUCUGGCUGGAAACUCCAUAGAUCAGAAAUGUGUUAUACAAACUUUAAUUGCAAGUUUUCAACCCUUCACCGAGGCAUAAAUUACAUCGGCGAAGAUCAUUCAGAGAAAGGAGCGCAUGAUUGUGAAAAAUGUGGCCAGGAGUUGGGCAGAUUAUUAGACUGGUAUAGAGUCCCAGAAGCUUCAGGAGCAAUGACCACCAUGUCUCCUACAACAGGCAGCACGACAACAACACCUGAGGAUCUUCUCCAGUGGAAAGAUGUGGUGGUGGUGUUGAAGUUAGAUAGUAUGGGCGACUUUGUGUCUGGGCUGCGAUGUGAGGGUGUUCCUGUUAGUGUGAGGGAAGACACAGCCGACACUGUUUUGGUGACAUAUGACAUCUCGUAUAUUAAGAACAAAAAAGUUAUUGUCAUUGUGGAUUGGAAUUUUAUUGAUGUCUUCGGUCCGUGCAAUUUAUGGUUGUUAACAUUUACUCACUCCAAGUCGCCAGAAGGAUGUGGUCAGUCACCAAGAAAGUGUAAGCAGCCGCCAGGAAGAUGCAGUCAGUCGACAUCGUCUUCACAGCAGGUGAGACUUUCAUUUCCACUGACCAAUGAACACCCGAGGUGUAACUUUGAUAGCAUCUACAGUGACUAGAGACACUUGAAUAAUGACUGACUGGUAAACACUGAAUGUCAGCUACAUUAGCUAGGUUUUCUUACUCUUCAUUUAAACAUACAAACAUACAAACAUACAAAUGGGAAACGAGGCUUCCGGCAUGUUGAGGUUACAACACUCGCCUGUCAUCACUGCCGUGAGGCUCCGGGGUCAAAUCUCGUCUCAGGACUCUUUAUGAGACACCUGUUCGCAGGGUCUGCCGUUGGAGGUUUUCUUCAGGAAUUGCCGUUUUCUCUUUCCCUCCGAAUCUCCACCCAGUGCUAAAUCACUUCUAGGUGGAAGCACUUUCCUGUCAAACCAAUAAAAGAAUCAGAAACUGGAAGUUUCUAGUGUUAUCCUAUAACACACACACACACCUCGCAUCCAUGAGUCAUCACAGGCGUUUACGAUGGUAACUGGAUUUUUUUUUUAAUUCACGGGAGGUGAAUAAAUAUCACAGAGAAUGACACUGAGUCAAGUUUAGUUCCUGAUUUUAGUAAAUUCCUAAUGCGUGGUACAGCAUAUACUCCAGAGAAGAAAUGUUGUAAAAUGACUUAUUUACUUUCGAGCUUGUCACACACACACAUUGUCCCAAAACAACGGCUGUCGACUAAUUUCAAAGAUGCCUUUUAGUAGUACAUGAUCUUAAGUACUUUCGUGUGUGCUAUGUUAAUCUAUUUUAGUAA